AUGGUCAAAGUGUUAUCGAGCAUCUCAGUGACUUCCAAGGUGUUUCUUACAUUGGACAUAGUUAAAGAUAGCAUGUUCAAUGAAGAAGCAAAGAGGAAAGAACAAGGUGUAGUGGCCGAGUCAGAAGCCCUCAUCUCAGAGUAUCGUGGAAGAACUAACAAUAGAAAAUUCCACAGGCGAGACAAGUCAAAGGGCAGGUCAAGAGAUGGCUGGAGAGGAAAGUCCAAGACAAGAAUGACCUAG